AUGUCUGGCUUGCAUAAGUUUGUUCGUGUUNAUGCAACAUUGUCCGCCACAAUUAAGGCGAAGAUUGUCACUGAUGUCCUUCCUCAGCUGAAGCAUUCUGCCUGGCUUGGCACAAGAUCCAACCCCUGUGCAGUGUCGAGGUCAGUUUUCUUGGACAUUGUCCUUCAUUUUGUAGUGGACUGGUCUUGGAUCAAUCUCCCAGACGCAUCGAAGAAUGGGUUGCUAAGGCUGAAGCAAUGGUUUGAAAAUGUAGCGAUCGAAGAAACCGUAAAAAUUCCAUCGUCCUCAGCUGUCAUUGGAGACGUGUUUGUAAAGAAGUCUGCAGCCGAGAUAUUUCUCAAAGCAUGCGAGGAGUUACCAUCCGCUCCAAACAGCGAAUGCCACAUACCAGUAACAUCGAAGGCUCAGGGUGAUAACCAGGGUUUUGAUGAAAACUUGGUUACCAGGGCCAGUUGUUUUGAAGUGAUUCAACAUCUUUUGCAGUCUACAGAAUAUGAAGUGCGACUGGUUGUUCUACAAUUCAUCGUCUCUCACUUGCCCUCUGAAGAGAACACUGGCUUUGGAACUAAAGAUGAAUUGAAAGAGAAUGCACCUAAUGACAGAGAACAUCGCUGGAUAUUUUUGGAACUUGAGGAAAAUACAAAAAGCCAGCUGUUUACAAUGGCUAUGAAUUUAGAACAUCAUAAUGAUUGUUUGGUACAGGUCUUUCAAGCCUUAUACAAACUUCCAGACUCCUUAUCUUUCCCUUGGAAACUUUCUUCAGAGGAUCUAGUGACGUGUUUUCAGUGCUGGAAAUUUGUUGCAGACCUUGUCACCUCACCUGGUCAAAGGGAUGCCCUCAAGUGCUCAUUGCUGAAGUUUUUGUCAAGAAUGGUUUCUGUAGUACAUGGAAUGAUUAAGAAUGAGGACACAACCAUUGCAAUGGAAGCAUCAGAAGCCCUAACACAGUUCUCCAACAUAACUUUUCAUACAAGUUCACCUUCUGAAAGAAUGGAGCUGCGGCUCUGCACAGCGCAAGUCCUAGCCCAUACAACAGUUAUUGGUGUAAUGGUAGAUUUACGUACCACACAGAGUGACGCACGCUUUCGUCUGUGGACUGUUCUUAUAACUCUUCUUCAGGAUGAUGAACCUGUGGUCAGAGAACAAAUGGCUCUCGGAUUUUCUAUUUUGUUACAAGUAAUAGAGACCUCGACCGCGGUUUGUACAUUACCCUUUGGAAGUUUUGCCGUAGUGGCCACUCUCUCACUUGAGAAUGCCUUGUUUUGUGUCUGGUCGUUGUUCUUUGAUGAAGAACCCAUGGCUUGUGUGUUAUGGAUGUUGGACUGGAUUUGUGGCGACCUUAUUCGUGACAGGGAAAACUCUGAUCAGGCAAUUCAUAUAUCAGACAUGGAUCGUCUCUUUGUGAAAGGACCUCUCAACAAUUACUCCGAGGAUUGUGUUGUGACGCGAGUGGCCUGGGAAACUGUGAAGAAUGGAAUGGAACGGAAAAACGGAUCUGCUCUCUGGUUUCUUCAGCAACACAAAUCAACAUUGACUGUCUCUUUGAGGGACCAGUUGGAAAAGUGUCUCUCGUUCCUUGAGAAUCUCAUGUUUAAUAACUGGAACAUUACUGCAAAUUUUAGUUACUUUUAUAGAGGAUUUGUUGGAAUUUCUGUAAUCGCCUUGUUAUUAGAAAGACUGGAAAAAACCAUUGCUUCUCCGAAGAAGAACAGAAUUGAUGCAAUAGUUCGUGCAGUUAAAAAACCUUGUGAUACUGGAGGAAUUUUGUCUCAUCCAAAGACGAAAAAGAGCCUUGAGGAAUUAAGUGAAUUUCUUACUUUGAAUUAUUAGAAAUACGCAAAGCAUUUGUGUGACACGACAUACAAUCGGAUGCUUGAAUAUAAUAAAACCAGAGAUGUUUUAAGA